CGUACCAAGAUGGCGGCAGAAGCAGCCGGUGGGAAAUACAGAAGCACAGUCAGCAAAAGCAAAGACCCCUCGGGGCUGCUCAUCUCUGUGAUCAGGACUCUGUCUACCAGUGAUGAUGUUGAAGACAGAGAGAAUGAGAAGGGUCGCCUUGAAGAAGCCUAUGAGAAGUGUGACCGUGACCUGGAUGAAUUGAUUGUGCAGCACUAUACAGAAUUGACGACAGCCAUUCGCACAUACCAGAGCAUCACAGAACGCAUCACCAACUCCCGAAAUAAAAUAAAGCAGGUAAAAGAGAAUCUGCUUUCAUGCAAGAUGCUGUUGCACUGUAAACGGGAUGAGCUUCGGAAAUUGUGGAUUGAAGGAAUUGAACAUAAGCAUGUCCUGAACCUGCUGGAUGAAAUUGAGAAUAUCAAGCAAGUGCCUCAAAAGCUGGAACAGUGCAUGGCUAGCAAGCACUAUCUCAGCGCCACCGACAUGCUGGUGUCAGCAGUUGAGUCUUUGGAGGGUCCCCUGCUUCAGGUGGAGGGACUGAGUGACCUUAGGUUGGAGCUUCACAGCAAGAAGAUGAACCUCCACUUGGUUCUCAUAGAUGAACUACACCGACACCUGUACAUCAAAUCGACUAGCCGAGUUGUACAGCGUAACAAGGAAAAAGGGAGAAUGAGCUCCCUUGUGAAAGAUGCUUCUCCUGUUCCUCUGAUUGAUGUUACAAACCUUCCUACUCCUCGAAAGUUCCUUGAUACCUCUCAGUAUUCUACUCCUGGAAGCUCAAGUUUGAGGGAGAUGAACCUGCAGGACAUCAAGGAGGAUUUGGAAUUGGAUCCAGAGGAGAACAGCACCCUUUUUAUGGGCAUCCUCAUUAAGGGGUUGGCAAAACUGAGGAAGAUCCCAGAGACAGUUAAGGCAAUCAAAGAACGCUUGGAGCAGGAGCUAAAGCAAAUUGUGAAGAGGUCUACAACCCAGGUGGCCGACAGUAGCUAUCAGAGGGGAGAGAACCUCACUGUGGAGAACCAGCCAAGGUUACUUCUAGAACUGCUGGAGUUGCUAUUUGACAAAUUUAAUGCUGUAGCCGCUGCACACUCUGUGGUCCUGGGAUACCUGCAAGAUGCUGUCGUGAUUCCACUGACUCAGCAGGAAGAUGUCAAAUUGUAUGACAUGGCAGAUGUGUGGGUGAAGAUCCAAGAUGUUCUACAGAUGCUGUUGACUGAGUACUUGGAUAUGAAAAAUACUCGUACGGCCUCUGAACCAUCAGCUCAACUAAGUUAUGCCAGCACUGGACGAGAGUUUGCUGCCUUUUUUGCAAAGAAGAAACCUCAACGGCCAAAAAAUUCUCUUUUCAAGUUCGAAUCGUCCUCCCAUGCCAUCAGCAUGAGUGCCUAUUUGCGAGAGCAGAGAAGGGAGCUCUACAGUCGGAGUGGAGAACUUCAAGGGGGUCCUGAUGACAACUUAAUUGAAGGUGGAGGAACAAAAUUUGUCUGCAAACCUGGAGCCAGAAAUAUUACUGUCAUAUUCCAUCCAUUGCUGAGAUUUAUUCAGGAGAUUGAGCAUGCCCUGGGACUUGGCCCAGCCAAACAGUGUCCUCUUCGAGAAUUUCUCACUGUGUACAUCAAAAACAUCUUUCUCAAUCAAGUCUUGGCUGAGAUCAACAAGGAGAUUGAAGGAGUCACUAAAACAUCUGACCCCUUGAAGAUCCUAGCUAACGCAGACACCAUGAAGGUGCUGGGUGUGCAGCGGCCUCUCCUGCAGAGCACAAUCAUUGUGGAGAAGACAGUGCAAGACCUCAUGAACCUGAUGCAUGACUUGAGUGCGUACUCAGACCAGUUCCUCAACAUGGUGUGCGUGAAGCUCCAGGAGUAUAAGGACACCUGCACUGUGGCCUACAGGGGCAUUGUCCAGUCGGAAGAAAAACUUGUCAUCAGUGCAUCUUGGGCAAAAGACGAUGAUAUCAGCAGGCUCUUGAAAUCUCUACCAAACUGGAUUAAUAUGGCUCAACCCAAACAGCUAAGGCCAAAGCGAGAAGAGGAAGAAGAUUUCAUAAGGGCAGCCUUUGGCAAGGAGUCAGAAGUUCUUAUUGGGAACCUGGGUGAUAAAUUAAUCCCGCCGCAAGACAUCCUCCGUGAUGUCAGUGACCUCAAAGCCUUGGCCAACAUGCAUGAAAGCCUGGAAUGGUUAGCAAGUCGAACAAAGUCAGCUUUCUCCAAUCUUUCUACCUCCCAGAUGCUGUCUCCUGCUCAAGAGAGCCACAUGAACAUGGAUCUCACCCCAGUGUCAGAGCAGAUCAUGCAGACUCUGAGCGAACUUGCCAGAUCUUUCCAGGAUAUGGCUGACCGCUGCUUGCUGGUCCUACAUCUGGAAGUCAGGGUUCACUGUUUCCACUAUCUCAUCCCCCUUGCAAAGGAGGGGAACUAUGCCAUUGUUGCUAAUGUGGAAAGUAUGGAUUAUGACCCUCUGGUGGUCAAGCUCAACAAAGACAUCAGCGCCAUUGAAGAGGCUAUGAGUGCCAGCCUUCAGCAGCACAAGUUCCAGUAUAUAUUUGAAGGCCUGGGACACCUGAUCUCCUGCAUCCUCAUUAAUGGUGCCCAAUACUUCAGGCGCAUCAGUGAGUCUGGUAUCAAGAAAAUGUGUAGAAACAUUUUUGUUCUUCAGCAGAAUUUGACGAACAUCACCAUGUCGCGGGAAGCAGACCUGGACUUUGCAAGGCAGUACUACGAGAUGUUGUACAACACGGCCGAUGAGCUCCUGAACCUUGUGGUGGACCAGGGUGUGAAGUACACAGAGCUGGAGUACAUCCACGCCCUGACCUUGCUGCACCGCAGUCAGACAGGGGUGGGAGACCAGACCACCCAGAACAUGAGGCUGCAGCGGCUCAAGGAGAUCAUCUGCGAGCAGGCGGCCAUCAAGCAAGCCACCAAGGAUAAGAAAAUAACUACGGUUUAAUUGAGUGCACUGCAGGGGCUGAGGGUGGGCGUCAUUUUUAAUUUUUUUAGUCAUCCUCACUUCUUUCUUUGCUAUGUUUUUUGGUGUAUUCUGAGCUGACUUAGUUUUCUCUACACUGAUGCUUUAGUGGAGAAUGUAAGGAUUUAGUGGAGAAAGUAGUGGAUGUUAAGGAAUUUUUUUCUCUUUAGUCUUGGCUUUUCAUUAUAAACUCUAAAGGGAGUUUGUAGUACAGAAUGUUUUGAUUUAACAUCUACUUGAAUACAGUCAAUUCCAAGGGGACUAGGGUGGGAUGGGGAGGAAGGUUGUGUCAAAUUGGACUCUGAAAAAGUGAAUGCAUGCAUUACUAAUACCCAACAAUCUUUGGAAAGUAGACUGCUGCCUAAGUUUUAGUCCAUUCCUGAAACCACUUAAUAGGGUUCUAUUACAUAAACAAUAGGGUUUUUACUCUCUUGACCUGUCAGUUUACAAUUCAAUGAAAUAAGUGUAUGUGCAUUGCUUUCUGUCUCUAUUGCCGAGAUCAAAUCAGUGGCUUCUCAACUGGCUGUAGUUUUCAACAAAUUUCCCUAACCAAAAUAGGACCUCUUCCAGGGGUCAUUUUAUCUCAAUCCCUGGGAGAGUUUUGUCUGCAGUAGCUUGUACACAGUUUAUAGGUUGGUGUAUUGCCUUUUCAUUUUUAUUUCUGAUGUAUCAAAACCAAGAGCCAUCAAAUUAAUGACAAAAAUGGAAGAAUGAAGGGUGAUUCAACCCUCUUCUUGAUUUUUCCCCUCUACUUUCCAAGAGAAAAUGAUGGUUAGAGAACUUUUAAUCUCACUUGAAACAUCGUUUGGGUGUAAAUGAUGCUUAGAUGAUCACUUACACUCCUUAUGAGUCCCUAGGUCUUUCUCACCGUGGAAAGUAGCCCAGGUCUCCUCAGCUGAGUGCAGGGAAGAUGGGACAGCCAUGACAUUCCUCCUCUGUGCACCUACCUGCUGAGUCCAUUUCUGAAGUGCUCUUGGGUGGUGUAGGCACUCACUGCUCCUGGCACGCUGGACCUCACCACUGUCCCCAGAUCUCCAAGUGCUCUUGGUGCCUAUUGUUGAUAUGUCACAGAAGAAAGCAAUGCACCGACUGGGACACACCUUAAAAAGACAUGGAAGGGAGAGCAGAAAGGACUUUGACCAUACAAGGUCAUGCCUCAUGCCCUGAUAGUCCAAAAUUUUACACCUGUUUGUAUAACUUUGGUCUUGGUGGGAAAAGCAGAAAAUUAAAAAAUGUUUUGAGAAGCUUAAAUGUUGUGUAUUGUUUUUCU